AAUAGGAGGGAGAGCUCUUAGCAGCGCGGUAGCUGCCGCGAUGCCAAGAACAAGACGGAGACGCAAGUGCCGGUCUCCUCUCCAGCGACAUAUCAAGUUGGGGAAUUUUGCAGUUAGCUGCGCUGGUACUUUUUUUUCUCUCUUUUUGCCCCAUGGCAUUUUCACGAUAUUAAACAUUGCUGCCGCCCUUGAUUAUACUCUAGUGUGGCUUUCAGCCAACAGAAUGAUUCAUCGCGGGGCUUAAUGGCUUGACCAGACGGGGUGUCCCAGCUCCGGUUUCAGAGUCAAACGUAGAGGAGAUAACGGACAAAGAAUCUACAGUAAAGUUUAGAGAGUUUCUAUUCAAUUCCAUCUAAAUUUGUUCCAAUGUUUCGGCAGUGUUAUAUCGC